AUGACGAUGAGUGGAGAUCGGAGCAGAGUGGAAACCGUUCAUGUGCCGCCGGAAAUUUGGAUUUUUAAUUCUGCUUUGAAUUUUUGUGUGAAAUUUUAUGCUUUGAAAAUUUCGGUUAAACGACUCGAAAGUAUAACGAGACAUAGAAUUGGAUUGAGGAACAUGUUUGAAUCUGAAGAAUUAUUAGCUUCUAAGCAUGGUAGAGCUACCACCAGUCCUGUUGUUGAAGUUAAGAAAAUAAUUCUUAGCUUGUCAAGUGAAGGUAUAGAUUUUUGGAAAAAGACAAAAUAUAUUUUGAAAGUUCAAGAACCUUUAUUAAAAGUUCCAAAAUUAGUCGAUGGUGAUGAUAAACCUACAAUGGAAUUUAUAUACGAGGCUAUGGAGAGAGCAAAAUUGGCAAUAAAACAAAAUUGCAGGAGUUAUGACAAUUACUGGAGAAUAAUUGAUAAAAGGUGGAACUUUCAAUUACAUCAUGAUUUGCAUGCGGCAGGAUAUUUUUUCAAUCCACAAUUUCAGUAUGGCAAACAUGACAUAUCUAAUGAUAAGGAGGUCUUUGCUGGAACGAAAAAUGUGAUCAAACGAUUAGAGCCAACUUUGGACAAUCAAGUCAAAGCACUAAAUCAAGUAAGUAAAUACUCAACUGAGUGGUGGAUUCAAUAUGGUGAAAGUGCUCUUGAACUUCAAACCAUCGCUAUAAAAGUGUUGAGUCAAACGACAUCUUCUUCAAAUUGCGAAAGAAAUUGGAGCACUUUCUCGCUGAUUCAUACCAAGACAAGGAACAUACUUCGAUACCAAAAGUUACAUUCACUUAUUUUUGUGCAUUAUAAUAUGAGGCUCAAAAUUUGA